AUGUUCUCGAAGCUAGGGAACGACAACUUUCGGUCGAUGCAGUUCUCGGACGGCCGAGAUGUACACCGAAUGAAGCCAUCCUAUCUCCGUGGAGAGAUCCCAGCACAAAGCCAGUACAAGGGCACACAAGCUCGAACUUUUCACUGGAUCGCACUUCCGUAUUUCAGCGUUGAACCGUACUCAGGCCUCGAAGCCGGUGCCCGAAGUGCCUCCGCCGUCCCAGCCCCCACCUGCUACAAAUUCUCCCACGUCGCCAAAAGUCGAGAUCUAAGACAGACCGUUUGCGGGAUUGGAAAUUAUCUACAGCAGGAGGUUUGCCUUCACGUCCCACAACUUUGGUGUCUGAUAUUUGACAAUGCGCUCAUGGUCACAUAUAUCAACCUGCCGGACAAAUAUUUCCCUGGUGACUAUGUCAUCAACACAACGGGGUCAUUGGACGUCCUCGCGGGGGUUUCACGAACCAAGAAGAUUCUGGCUUUGACAUCUCGUUUCAGCGAGUUCUGGCCUCAGAAGUUCGAGCUCCUUCACAACAAACGAAAGAUCACGGCAAAACACCGGCCGGCAAUUUGGGACCGCGCUCGACAUGUCAAAAAUCAUGUUAAGCUGGAACUUUACUUGGGUGCACGACUUAUGGUGCCACAGCGCGGAAGACUACUCCCCCACAUUGCGAGCAAAGGGAAAGGGAAUAUGCAGAGCUCAACAAGUUCCGCGCAUGAAGACGCUUCAACGAAACCCGGUACUGCAGGAGAUGGCGGCUCAUCCUCUGCAACUGUCAAGACCACCGACGGAAGAUUCACCAACGCCAACGGGUUUGCUAUCUUUACUUGUAUGACUGGCGUAUCGACCCCAAACUCCGAUGACAGCGUUGAAGAUGCAUUACUCGAGCAGCUUGUGGAAAUCCGUGAUUGGCUGCUCUACAUGCCGAGCUUCGGUGACGCGAAAGCCUACAAGUCGUGUACUAAAGAUACGCGUGCUUCUGUGCGUAGCUACCUGGAGAAACGGGCGGCGGAGUUGAGUUCUGUCGAGUCGCAAGGUCAAAAAGACCAGCGUGCCCAGCGGGACUUGGAGGACAGGAUCGACAUCUUCCAUGCUGCCGAAACAAUCUUUGAGAAACGCGAGGGUCAACAUCGGUACCAAGCUUCCAUGUAUACCAUCCGACAUCAGCUGAGAAUGCAAGCCUUGGACUUGAGUCAGCUCAGCGAGAUUCUCUCUGCUGCCCGUGGCGCCGAUCGUGCUCAGAUCACCGUGCCGACCCAGAUUAUCGACGCUUGGAUCCAUCUACUUCUGGGCCUGGCCAGCUUCCCAAGAGACAGUGACCGUUCCGAGCGGCUGAUUGGCGAUGCGAGGCGAGCUGCAACAGAGGGAGCCAACAUAAUCAUCACCUCACUCUCCCCCAAGUCUCUCGUUGAGAAUUCCGUCAUCCUGCCCCUAGAGAUAUUCUCCUUGAUUAGCUUGAAGGUCAUACAAAGCGCCCCCAAUGUACCUGAUUCACCCUCGAACAAGGAAAAAGCGAACACAUACAGCGACGUUGCUCAGAUCUACCGCAACCGUCUCGACAAAAUUGAGACGGACAUAUCGAAGAGACCAAGUGACAGGGCCAAUGAAGAGAACCUCAGACUCGUCAGGGAGGAAAUCCAAGCCAUAUUGCAGACACUCCUCCAGCAAUACGUCAUCUUUUGUCUGCUCUUGGAGAAUGCGAAUCAUGCGAUCGACGAUACUACCACUUUUAAAGAAAAGCCGAUUGUCCAGGCUGCCGGUCACUCCAGCUCUAUGCCGGUGUUCAUCCAGUCGUGGAGCCGCGACCGUGAGCCUGGUUAUCGAGGUCAUCAACACCGAGAGACAGAGGUUCGGGCUUGGGAGUAUGGUCGGGAGCAUUCAAAGUUCGACAUGUACGACAACCCUUGCGCAUUUGACCUGGCCAGCGAGGAUAGCCUGUUCAAAGUCAAACCGACCGACCCCGGCGGAUAUCGAACGCUUCUUCUUCUCGAAUGCCACUCCAAGACUGACCUUUUGAAGCAAGAGCUCCAUCAGCUGGGAGCCAGACAUGACAAAAUCCGACAAGACAAAGCCAUCUACGCCUUCACCAUUGUCACCGUCAUCUUUCUCCCCCUAAGCGCCAUAUCCAGCAUCUUUGGCAUGAACACGGCCGAUAUCAGGGACAUGGAAGAUAGCCAGUGGAUCUAUUGGGCCACGGCCAUCCCGGUGACGCUCGCUGUGAUAUUGUUCGGGCUUUGCUGGAUGGGUGAGCUGGGAAAUACCUACAAUUUGGGAUCUUGGAUGUUCCGUAAAGUGGCGGGAGACCGCGAAAAGGGACGGGAGAUAGUGGACAGGUGGUUUGGACAGACGGGCCCGGUUUCGCUGGGUCUGCCGAGUCAUAUACAGCCGGCGUAUCCUAUCGGUCCGAAACGCAGGCCGACGUAUCAUCCAGGGAGACCCGCGAGAUCGGUUUCUAGUGACGAAUCUGUUGAUAUACGUUAUCGCAGCAGGUUUGUGUAG